AUGACAAAGAAGGGUAUCCAAGAACAGCACACCGACCAGUCUGAUAUUCAAGAUCAAUCGCAUCAAAAUGCGGAGAACCAUGACAACAACAUCUUCGAUCAAACAUUCACCUCAGAACCACCACCAUACUCCAGCUCAAUACCCAACACCGCAAUCCCACGACAACCAUUAAGGACACCAACAACCAGCACAACAACAACAACUUCGCCAACCCCAUCAUCAACGUCAGCAACAUUCCCCCUCAUCGACUUCUCCAAAUACUCCAUCCCCGACUCCUCACUCUCCAAAGACGGCUCAACAAUCUCAACAUACCACCCAUCCUUCUCCACCAACCCGGCAAACCUGGUCAAAUUCAUCCAGGAACAAGCAGCUUUGCCUCCCUUACCGUAUAUCCACAUUCUAGGUGACGAUCCUACAGGUCUGCAGCGCGAUUUUGAUAUUAAGAUUAAUAUGUUACCCAUGUUUAUGAAUCAGUCUUUUGCUGGCGGAGGAAAGCAAAAUCAGUGGAAUUAUGUCCGAUUAGUGGCGGAUGGAGAAUUGGCGUAUCGCGGGAGAAGUGAUGCUGCGAUUUCGCCUGCGGUGAAGGGUGGAUUGGAUGAAUGGGCUAAAAAGUUUUGUAAGGAGAGUUCGGCUGUGAAAUCAUUUACAUUAACCCGCCAACUCUCCAACUGGAAUACGAGUUAUAUCGAAGGUCAAAUCCGAAGUCUGAUCGCUUCAACCGGGUACAACAAACCCGUCACUAUCACAUUCCCCGUCAAAUAUUCGAAAAUAGUUGUCUAUCCACCCAAAUCAAGCAGUUUCAAUAGCUUUUUCACCACGUUGAUGUCACCGUUACUUGAUAAGAAGCGGUACGAGGUUGUUCGUGCUGUGUGGCCGUAUGCGUCGUUACCACCUGGUCCUGAAACAACUAACCGUGUACCGGUUGUUCAGAGCGAGGAGAUGUGGUGGGAGGAAUGGAGGGAUGUGCUUCGGUGGGCGAUUGUAAGUAAGAAGUGUUCUGGGUGGGUUUCGGUGGAUGAUAUGUUGGAAUUUAGGAUGGCGCCGGGGAAUCAUUCUUAA